AUGGCUCCAAACAGUGUCACUUUGGCGGCGACCGACAUACCGGGGACGGUGUACUUGAUCGACCUCGACCACCAUGAGACCGUGGCCGCCCACGCUGGUCGAAACCAUGAUAUCGUGCUUGUGCCCCAGCCUAUGAGGACCGCCCGGGACCCUCUCAACUGGGCACGCUCAAAGAAACUCUGGUCAUUGCUCCUGGCAGCGUUUUAUGCCUGUGUCAUGUCCUUUGGCGAGAACAACUUGGGUGCGGCCUGGACGCAAAUAUCUGUCGAAACAGAUGUUACCUUGAAUAAUAUGAACGGCGGUUCGGCGCUGAACUAUCUUCUCCUCGGCUUCGUCAACAUUCUCUGGAUACCUACCGCGAUGAAAAUCGGGCGCAAGUUCGUCUACAUCUCCAGCAUGUUGAUCAACAUGGCAGCUGCCUUGUGGAACGCGUACAUCUAUGGUACAGCGCAGUGGUAUCUCAACAAUGCAUUUGGAGGAGUUGGAACAAGCGCAUACGAGGCACUCAUCCAGCUUACCGUUUUUGACAUCUUUUUUGCUCAUCAGCGUGGCACUGCACUCGCCUUCUAUAUCUGGGGUCAGCAGCUGGGAUCAAUCCUCGGAUUAAUCCUUGGUGGUUAUAUUGCAGAGGGUCCUGGAUGGAGAUGGGGUUGUAAGAUCGUUGCGCUACUCAGCGCGCUCGUGAUACUCCUCUUCAUUUUCACAUUCGAUGAUUCACUCUUCCCACGACAUGUCUUUCGCACUUUGAACCAGUCUACACAAACUGCGUUAGUGGUGACUGAAACAACCGACACACUCGGCAAAAAGGAUGGGAGCGAACUUCAAGGAGAGAGUAAAUCCGAUCUACCUGUUACAAGACAACUCACUUUGACCGAAGGCGACAUGAACAGAUCUCGUACAUACUGGGAGAUUUUGAGUCCCAUUCAGCGAUUCCCGGAGGACAAAACCACAUGGUGGCAAUAUUUUCGCCGUCCCUUCGUCUUGUUCUUCUUCCCAAACAUAGUGCUGGCUGGGAUAAUCUUUGCUUUCGGGUGUACAGCUGGAAUCGUGUCGUUCAACACUAUUUCCGAGAUCUUGACAGAGGAUCCAUAUGAUUGGGGAACUGGCCCUACUGGUCUUGUUUUUCUGGCAGCCCUUGUCGGCUCCUUCAUUGGAAUGGGUACUGGCUACCUGGGAGACUUGAUAGUUUUACGGCUUGCACGUCGUAACAAGGGAUACAAGGAGCCCGAGAUGCGCUUAUGGACUCUGUCUCUUAGUUUCAUAUAUGGAGGUGUUGGGUACUUCUCUUAUGGGUGGACUGCAGAGGCUGGAAGCUCUUGGGUUGGUAUCGCGAUCGGCCUGGGCGCCAUGAUAGCCCAGCAAGUCUCAGCUACCAGCAUAGCCACCACAUAUGCUAUGGAGUGUUUCGAGGGGAUUUCUGGAGAGCUCGUCGUCGUACUUGCGAUAUGCUCCUCGUGCAUCAACUUCGCCAUGUCAUUCAGCGUACAACCUUUGAUUGACGCCACUGAUUAUGGCCGAGCGUUCACUUUCUUCGGUUGUCUCGUGCUUGGAUCCAUGGCACUGGCGGUUCCAAUCGGGAUAUGGGGCAAAUACUGGAGGAGUCGAUGCGCCGAAAAAUAUCGGAAGUUUGUUGCAGAGGCAGUCACCAUCUGA